GGAGCCAAGCUCUCCGGUGGCCUCUCUCUUCUUCCAUAUCCCUCCUCUAUGACCUAAUUCUCCUCUUCCUCUCCCCCUCCCAUCCCCAAACUCAAAACUAAAAUAGAGGCCAUAUCGUUUCUAUCUUAUAUAGAGUAGGUAUAAAAGAAGAGAACAGUAGAAGACAAGAGGAGAGAUGUCACGGGUCGCGCUCGUCGUGCUGCUAGCCCUCCUCGGCCUCUCGACGGUCCAGGCCGAGGACCCGUACCUCUUCUUCGAAUGGAACGUCACCUACGGCACCAUCUCCCCUCUCGGCGUUCCCCAGCAGGUCAUCCUCAUCAACAACCAGUUCCCCGGUCCCGAAAUCAACUGCACUUCCAACAACAACAUCAUCGUUAAUGUCUUCAACAAUCUCGACGAACCCUUCCUCCUCUCAUGGAAUGGCAUUCAGCACAGGAAGAACUCGUGGAUGGACGGGAUGCCGGGGACGAACUGCCCCAUAAUGCCGGGCAAGAACUGGACGUACCACUUCCAGCCCAAGGACCAGAUCGGGAGCUUCUUCUACUUCCCGUCCAUCGGCAUGCAGAAGGCGGCCGGCGGCAUGGGCAUGAUCCGCGUGCACAGCCGGCUCCUCAUCCCGGUCCCCUACGCCGACCCGGCCGACGAGUUCAACAUCCUGGCCGGCGACUGGUACACCAAGAGCCACAAGGUGCUGGCGGGCCGGCUCGACAGCGGCCGCAGCAUCGGCCGCCCCGCUGGCGUCCUCAUCAAUGGAAAACACGGCAAGGACGCCUCCGGCAAGGACGAGCCGCCGAUGUUCACCAUGGAGGCCGGCAAGACCUACCGCUUCCGUGUCUGCAACAUCGGCAUCAAGGACUCCCUCAACUUCCGUAUCCAGAAGCACUCGCUGAGGCUAGUCGAGAUGGAGGGCUCCCACGUCGUGCAGAACACAUACGACUCGUUGGACCUCCACAUCGGCCAGUGCUUCUCCGUGUUCGUCACCGCCGACCAGCAGCCCGGCGACUACUACAUCCUCAUGUCCACCCGCUUCACCAAGUACAGCUGCGGUGGCAGCGCAAUCGUCCGCUACGCCGGCUCCAACGCCCCGCCAUCCAAGGACCUGCCGCCGGCUCCCUCCGGCUGGGCCUGGUCCUUCAACCAGUGGCGUUCCUUCCGCUGGAACCUCACCGCCAGCGCCGCCCGCCCCAACCCCCAGGGCUCCUACCACUAUGGCCAGAUCAACAUCACCCGCACCAUCAAGCUCCGCGGCGGCACCGGCCUCGUCAACGGCAAGCGCCGCUACGCGAUCAAUGGCGUCUCCCAUGAGAACCCCGUCACCCCGCUCAAGCUGUCGGAGUACUACGGCAUCACUGACAAGGAGUUCAAGUACAGCAUCGUCGGGGACGAGCCACCGAACGGCAAAAGUCUCAUCACCAUUGCACCCAACGUCAUCAACUGCACCUUCCGGACCUUCAUCGAGAUUAUCCUAGAGAACCCUGAGAGAAGCAUCCAUGCUUAUCACCUUGAUGGCUAUGCCUUCUUCCCGGCUGGAAUGGGACAUGGCGAAUGGACCCCCGAGAAAAGAGUAACCUACAACCUUCUUGAUGCAGCGAGCCGGCACACAGUUCAGGUGUACCCGAAGUCGUGGUCGGCGAUAAUGCUCACGUUCGACAAUGCCGGAAUGUGGAACCUGAGGACGUUGGUCUGGGACAAGCAAUACCUAGGGCAGCAGCUCUACAUCAGCGUGGCCUCGCCGGCGAGGUCAUUGAGGGACGAGUAUAACAUGCCAGAGAACGCCCUGCACUGCGGUAACGUCGUCAACCUGCCAAAGCCCGCGCCUUACACUUAAACGCCGGUUCUCGCUGAUUACCGUCCAUGGCACCUGAUCCUUCCUUUGCUAUCAGGGGGUGGGAGGGGAAGGGAUUACUGAAGUGAUACUAGUAGUAGUCCGAGAGAGAGAGAAAGAGAGGGGGUACGUGGAGGGGUAGAAUGCGAUCAAAGAGAGUUUAGAGGGUGGACGAAUAAGCGGCGCGUUCAGGGCCGACGUCUUGUCUAAGUUGGCCGGUCGUGUUAAUGCUAUCAACGCUCUCCCAAGCUUAUAGAAGACUUUUUUUAUUUUUUGUACUUAAUUGUCGAGGCUAACCUUUCAUUACUGUCACCCUUUCUGCAAAACUUUGCUUCAGUGGGUGGUUAACCUCCUUUAAGUCUUUCAUUUUUAAUUCCUUCUCUCGGAAGAUAGAUUGUCCUGCUCGUAGUAACAAAGUUAUGUCAAUCUAAUCAGCUUUGUAAGAUUUCGGUAGAUGAAUCUUUGUGUUGAUUAAUCCACUGGCUGUUUUAGUUCAA